ACGGGAGAUCUGGGCCCCGCCGGACCACCCGGUCCUCCCGGGAUGGUCAUCCAGUCCGAAGGCGGUUCCAACGGUAGCUGCCAUUGCCAGGCGGGACCAGCCGGACCUCCGGGACCCCGUGGGCCAAACGGUUUCGACGGUAGCCCCGGGCUGCCCGGUGAAACCGGUCUCCCGGGGCAUCCGGGUCUGCCGGGGGACAAGGGCGAACGGGGCACGCCGGGAGCGAAGGGCGACAAGGGGCCCGAGUUCAUCAUCAACGAAAACGUGGCGUUCAACUCCUCGCGGGCCAACAAAGGCGACAAAGGCGAACGUGGACAGCGGGGACGGAGGGGCAAAACGGGCCCACCGGGUCCGAUCGGGCCACCGGGUAAACCGGGCGGCAUGGGCGAAACGUGGCCGGGACGACAGGGGCCGAAGGGCGAUCCAGGGCAGAAAGGAGAAAAAGGAGACAGCCUAGCGUUACGCGCCUCGAAAGGUGACAAAGGAGACCGCGGAAUUGACGGGCGCGACGGAUUGCCGGGACCGCCCGGGCUACCGGCAGCUUCCGGUGAUGGCGGCGUACAGUACAUCCCGAUGCCAGGACCGCCGGGCCCACCUGGACCGCCGGGCCCGCCCGGGCUAUCGAUCGUCGGCGAAAAGGGUGAUCCGGGCAUGGAUUCGCGGAGUCCGUUCUACAGCAGCGACUCGCAGCACUUCUACGGACGUCAGGGACCUCCAGGGCCACCGGGUCCACCGGGGCCGGCAGGACGAUCCUUGCACGACAGUGACGAGAUACCAAGCGCUUACGGGCCUAAUGUACGCAUCGUGCCAGGAGCCGUUACGUACCAGAAUGCAGAAACCAUGUCAAAGAUGUCUUCUACAACUCCGGUGGGGACGCUCGCCUACGUCAUUGACGAAGAAGCACUGCUGGUGCGAGUGAACAAAGGUUGGCAGUAUAUUGCGCUCGGAACACUGGUGCCGAUAGCAACCCAGGCACCACCAACUACCACUGGCAUCCCACCGCAACGUUCGGACCAGUUGCAGGUAUCGAAUCUCAUCAACAACCUUCCACAAGCGGGAGAAGGAUCAUCGUUCACCGCCACACCGGAGUAUGAGUCGUUGCGGAUGGCAGCACUUAACGAGCCGUACCCGGGCGACAUGCAGGGCAUCCGCGGUGCCGACUUCGCGUGCUAUCGUCAGGCCCGCCGAGCCGGUCUCCUGGGGACAUUUAGGGCUUUCCUGUCGUCGAGAAUCCAAAACCUGGACUCGAUCGUACGAAUAGCAGAUCGUGAGCUGUCUGUGGUGAACACCCGCGGUGACGUGCUGUUCAACACGUGGAAUGGAAUCUUCAACGGCCAAGGAGGCUUCUUCUCGCAGGCCCCACGGAUUUAUAGCUUCAGCGGGAAGAACGUCCUCACUGACAUGGCGUGGCCCCAGAAGCUGGUGUGGCACGGUUCCAGUGCGCUCGGUGAGCGUGCCAUAGACACUUACUGCGAUGCUUGGCACUCGCCAUCGCCGGACAAGGUUGGUCUGGCCAGUAGUUUACUUGGCAAUAAAUUACUAGACCAGGAACGGUUUUCCUGUGAUAAUCGGUUCAUAGUGCUCUGCGUUGAGGCGGUACCACAGGACCGGAGGCGGAAACGAAGGGACACUAGAAGCCAACAUGAGUUUGCCAAUGAAGAAGAGUACAGGCGAUAUCUGCAUAGUAUCGUCACGGUGUAAAGAUAAGAGAAAUUCGCAUAGAUUUAAAUUUUCCAAAUACUCAUCACACAAAAGCCGUCGUUACCGUAAUAGCGAAGGAUGUCCACCGUCAUCAUCGUCAUCGUCAUAUUGAAACAAACACAUCACAAACUUCCCGUUUAUCGUCCGAUCGCUCGAAAGUCGCGUAAGUUGAAAGCGCCGAUUGAACUACUAGAAAUGAACUUAUGAACCCCGAAGGAUUGGGAACAGUACCACAUGUUCCAGAGGAUGCGUCGAGUAAUUAGCGAAGUGCCAGCGGAUAGCUAACGUGGGACACAGCACACGGGAAAAGGGCAUAUAUUUUAAGAAACGAUCGACGGAUCAGCCAUCGAUGACAUUGAAACUGAUUUAAGAACUAAUGAUAAUAAGUAAUUUUAACGGAAAUCGUGGUCUAUUUUUUCGAAUUGAUUUUUUAUGUCCUAUUUUGUGCACACUUGUACCAUAAGAAGAGGGUAGAGAGGUGAAAAAGGCAUACAAACAGUUAAGGAGAUAAAUUAAACCAUUUUAGCGCGUAAGAACAGUACAACGGAUGUGUUAGAAGGCGUAAAAUGUUAGCAAUAAAACAGGGCUGGGGCUGAGCGCGCUAACACGAGAUUCAAUUAAUGCUUACUAAACUAAAAGUCUAACCGUGUCAACAAAAGUCAAAUUCCGAGUCGAUACACUACCGAACUCUUGUCACGUUGAUAGUCAAAUUAAUGCCACAGUCAUUGAUUUUAUUAGUGUGUACUUACACUUAGCGAAUCGCGAAGACGCUUAGUUAACGAUAUAAGUCUCACCGUUGUUGGGAGGCAGGUUUUUAUCCGAAUUAAGCAGCAACAUAUUGUAAGUAACAGUACGCUGAAUGAAAACCAAACGCAACUGUCUUCGAUUUGGGGUCUAAGCACAACUCUCGUUAUGCCUAAAUUAUCACUUUAUGCGCAACCAUCUUGUGUAACGUUUCAUUUCACCAGACAACACAACUCAUCCGUUAGAAAGUGGGAAAAUGGGCAACCCCGUCGAAAAACUUACGCAUCGUGCGCGCAAGUGAACAAUAAUGAAACGAAACCAAUAGGAACAACUAGUUAAAUUGAAGACAAAAUCGUGUUGUGAAUAUGAUGGUAAAAUCUAGCAGCAAUUUACAGAAACAUUUAUGUCUGCAAAAUCGAUGUGCCGGGCGUCAUUCAGCCAAGUUCAAUUUACCUAUUCGUUGUGGGACUAAACAUUUCCGGUUUCAUUUCUCUCCAGUCACAUCACUUCUACUCUUACCCAAUAGUAUUUUAACUACUUUCUAAGUUUUGUUUCAAAAGUGCGCCAUGGGAAAAGGCAAAUAAAACUCGUAUUUACUAACAAAGGAAGGGUACAAGCCAUCGGCGCCGUUUUUAUGCAGCUCGUCGUGGUGACUGCAACGACAAAAUAUUGAAGCCAACGUACAAGCUUUGUGCAUAUUACAUAGCUAAUGAGUUUAACGAUUGUUUCCGUUUAUUUUUUGUUAAAACUAUGGGCGUAGAAUAUAAGCAAUUUUGGAGUCAAGAUAACGGUGUGGAAAAGAUCCGAAUGUAAUCAACUGUUACGGUACCCAGAAGGAGAACUGAAAAUUGACUUGCUG